GGAGGGGGUGGCACCACCACCCGGCUGGUCGAGAUCGUCUCUCUCCUGGAUGGAACCAAACUGUAUCCAAUCAACCAUGGCGCUAGGACUGUCUUCCAAGAAAGCAUCGUCCAGGAACAUUGCAGUGGAAAGGAAAAACCUGAUUACCGUCUGCAGAUUCUCUGUGAAGACCCUGUUGGAAAAAUAUACGAUAGAACCCAUUGACGACUCAUCAGAGGAGUUUGUGAACUUUGCUGCCAUCCUAGAGCACAUACUCAGCCAUCGCUUCAAAGGAGACCAUGGUCCUGUCAGUUGGUUCAGUUCCGAUGGGCAACGUGGCUUCUGGGAUUAUAUCCGCCUGGCCUGCAGCAAACUCCCGAAUAACUGUGUCAGUAGCAUUGAAAACAUGGAAAACAUCAGCACCUCCAGAGCCAAGGGCCGAGCAUGGAUCCGCGUGGCACUGAUGGAGAAGCGCAUGUCUGAGUAUAUUGCCACAGCACUGCGGGACACCAGAACCACCAGGAGAUUUUAUGAUGAUGGGGCAAUCAUGCUGAGAGAGGAAUCAACUGUCCUCACAGGGAUGCUGAUUGGACUCAGUGCCAUAGACUUCAGUUUCUGCUUGAAAGGGGAAAUCAUGGAUGGCAAGACACCUGUAGUGAUCGAUUAUACUCCAUAUCUGAAGUUUACACAGAGUUACGAUUACCUAAGUGAUGAGGAGGACCGCCGCAGUUUGGAGAGCAGCACAAGUGAGGACAGUUCUCCUGACCACCCCUAUCUACCGCUAGUGACUGCUGAAGACAGCUGGUACAAUAAAUGGCGCAAGAUGGAGCAGAAGUUUCGCAUUGUAUAUGCACAAAAGGGCUACCUGGAGGAGUUAGUGCGGUUGCGAGAAUCACAACUGAAGGAUCUGGAGGCGGAGAACAAACGCCUGCAGUUGAGGCUGGAGGAGGUGAAGGUGCAGAAUCAGUUAGAGAAACGGGAGCUGGAGGGUAUAAUUCUGGAACUACAGGAACAGCUACUCCCCUCCUCCUGCUCUGCCCCCAGGACGGGCCUCAUCCCCUCGGACAACAACCAGUUUGCCCAACUCUCCAAAGCAAUGGCUGCACCCUUGGUGAACCAAUGGCCCUCUUUGGGUACUCUGAAUGGCAAUGAAGGUUCCUCGGAAGCCAAAAUGUACAGAAGGCACAGCUUCAUGAGCACAGAACAGCUGUCAGCAGAGAUCAGCCUGAGUUCGGAUUCCCAAAGGAUGGGUGAAGGAAAGCAUGAAGGAGAACCUUGGGGGCCACUGGGAAAGGAUCCGACUCCAUCGAUGCUGGGCCUCUGUGGAUCUUUGGCCUCCCUGCCUAGUUGCAAAUCCUUACCCAGUCUAAAAUCCAACGAGUGCCUGGUGAGCGACAGCGUUGAACCCAGUCCUGCUCAGAGCCCCAGCUGAGACAUCAGACAACUGUUCCUGCAAACUACAAGAUGCCUGUGGGGGAGCUGAGAUCGCUGGCAGGCAAAAUGAAUGGAGCCCCUUAUGCUUGGGGGAGGGCAACUGAACCUUUCACCCAGCCUGAUGCAAUAGGGCAACAAGCCCACAUCCUCAACCGAAUACUCUUAGAAAAACACAGACUCUCUUCCUUAAAGUCGGAUGAGGGAAAUGCUUAGAACCUCUUCCCUGGUCAGGAUUUAAAAAGAAAAAGAAAAAAAGAGCAGCACACCUGUUGGAUGUUGGGAGGAUUGCCUGCCAAAAGCGCUUUUGUAAAAUGAUGCUGUGUACAUUAUAUGUAAUAUACAUUAUAUGUAAUAUAUAUGAUUGAGAUUGCUGAAAGACAACUGCUUCUGGGGAGGAAAAAGUCCUC